AGGCUUGUUGAGCAAGUUGUAAGCUGUAAACAGCUCCAUUGAUCCACAUAAAUAUUUUAAUUCCCAUGUAAAUAUUACCUGUGUUUAUUGUUUUUAAAUUUGUCAUAAUUGAUCUAUAUUUAUGAGUGUACAUUCAAUGGACUGAUGAUUGGAGCUACAACGGUUGAUUUGAUAUUUGGACCUAAAGAAAAUAAUACAAUCUUUUUGUGAACAUGGCUGUACCAUUUCCAGUUUAUCUAAUCAAUGGUGGAUUGGAAACAUCGAUUAAUUCUUCACAUCUUGCUGCUUAAUUGAUUAUUGAAAUACAAUAGUUUUUUUUUAUCAUAUUACUUUGUUCUCGAUCAAUUAAAUGGGAAUUAUAACAAGCAUGGAUCAAGUUGGAAGAGAAAAAUUUUCUGUUAUUGCUGCCUUUGGAGCUGGUAUUGCUUUGACUGCUACAGUUGCUGGUAUUUAUAGUAAAAUUAAAUCAACUGAUAGCCGAAAGAAGGCUCGUGAAUUGUUAGCAUCCAAAUUAGAUAUUCUUAAUGAGACAGUUGAACAACUACGGAAGGAUGUUGAGGAGAUCAAGAUUGCUUCAAUGAGAGGCUCACCUUACUCCAUGAAACCUUUGGACAUAGAUCAUCUGGAAGCUGAAUUGGAUGCCGUUGAUAUUGAAAUGAACCAACAAUCAAAAUCUCGUUUUAAUCACCAUCUUCACCGAAAACCAUUAAGAUCGGAGGAAACAAGGUUUGAGCCUAUCAACUCGGAUCCCUAUACAUCAUCUGAUGAGACUGAAGAAUUUUUUGAUUUCAAUGAUAGUGAUAAUAAUAUUAGUUUAGAGCCUGGAAUAAUAAGAGCCAAAGAUGAUUCUAAUGGUGAACCCAGUGGUGAUGUUGUUGAUAAUUAUGCUGCUAAACAUCUUAAUGCAAAAGAAGAACUCGAACUUCCUGCACAACAUGCAGAGUUACCUGAAAAAACUGAACCCGUUGAGCACAGUCAAGAAGACCAUUUUAAAGAAAUUGAUUCCUGUAUUGAUAAUCCUAAAGUAGAUAUUCAAAGUCUUUACGACAAAUUAUGUGCAAUAGAAAAAAAGUUCGGCUGCAAUGCUCAGAUAAUGUGGCGUAAAUCUAAGGUUUGUCAUCUUAUGGGAUCAGCUGCGGAGAAACAAGGAAAUAAGGAAAGAAAAAAGGAAUUAGUUUAUGAGAAGCUUGAAUAUGCUAAGAAAGCUCUCCAACUUGACGAAAAUUGCGUUGAGUGUCACAAAUGGUACGCUAUAGCCAUAGGAUCUGUAACUGAUUACGUUGGUACCAAGGAAAAAAUAGAGAAUGGUUAUGAAUUCAAGAAACAUUUAGAUUUCGCAUUGAAUCUUAAGCCUGAUGAUGCUACUCUGCACCAUUUACUAGGAAGAUGGGCUAGUGAAGUUUCUAAUCUUUCUUGGUUGGAGAAAAAAUUAGCAUCAAGUUUAUUUGCUCAAGUCCCUGAGACCAGUGCCGAUGAAGCGCUACAAUCUUUGCUCCAAGCAUACAAGAUCAAACCCGAAUGGAAACAAAAUAUUUAUUACAUCUGUAAAACAUUAAUUUCACUUAAACGAACAAAAGAAGCAACCGAGUGGAUUGAGAAAGGAUUGGCUUGUAAAAUAGAUGAUGAUGAUGAUCAGGUGAUCCAUGAUAAAUUAUUGAACCUCAAAUCAAAAUAUGUAAAAUAAUCACGGUGUGACGGUGACGUCGGCGGAAUCCAUUACUUAAAAUCUACUUGACGAUGCGUAUAUAUUAAGGAAACACAUGAACUGAUAUAAAAUCAACAUUGAUCUUCGUCCUUUUUUGUUCAAAUUCACUCGCAAAACUAGUUUAAUAUGAUUUGAUUUACAAAUAUUCCACCAAAGAUCUUUUGUCACUAAAUUUUAAUAAUUGCUACAAGUGUAGUUUUUCUAGUGGGUCAAAGUAUUGAGGCAAUCCUCAUGUCCAUCCAACUUUUGUAAAUCUGUUGUCAAAAGGUAAUCAACAAUAUUAUCGAGAUUCUCUAUUAUUUGUUUGAUACAUUCGAAUGUCCAUUUUAUAUUUUAGUAGAAAUAAAAACGGUUUUUUUGUUUA